GAGAUACCACGUCAGUCAUUAUUGAGAUGCUAAGUCAUAAUUAUGAGAUGUUAAGUCAUAAUUAUGAGAUGUUGCGUCAUAGUUAUACUAAAUCAUAAUUAUGGAAAACUUGGUCAUUUUUAUGACUUACUAAAAGGCUAUACAUUUUUUUCCCCAGUGGCAGAGACGGACUUCCAUCUUGACUAAAUUUCAAGAGUCAUGGACUUUCUAAAUGAGCCUCACUGACCCUUGACAUCCGGUCAUGUGAAGUCGGCGCGCCGCAGUAGCGCAGUGCAGGAGGCUUUCUAGAUGCAACGAUAGUAUGUUUCCAAACACCACGCGAUGGGGAAGUUGAGGCAGGACACAACACGCAGACGCGCUUAAGGAAGAUCAGUUGACAUGAUGGGGACUUUAUUUCUGCGGUUUAAGCGAAAAACGUGGGAAUGAAAAACUGAAAGACGACGCGUCGUUUUAACGUUUUCGCACUAAAAGCGCUGCAGGCGUAACGUUACAGGUGAAGAUGGGGAACCACUCACUGAGACACCAGAUGGAGGCUCUGAAGCUUCUUCACGAGCUGAAUGGGACCAGAACGGCGAGGAGCAACGCUGAGGUGUCUUCAGAUGAUUCGGGGAGCAGAAGAAAGUCCCUCAAGCAUAAACCCCAGACCGUCGCCGAGAGGGCGAGAGAAAGCCAGUUCUCACGACUAGUCGAAAUAUUAUCACAGAUCAUAUCGAUAGAGCAGGACUUACUGCGACCUCUGUCAGAAGACCUGGGGAGUUUUCUCCUCCGUCACAAGGACAGCGUCGACCUGAGGAACAUCUGUCAGAGAAUGGCUCUCAGCGAGGCGGGCUGUCAGUCCGACAGGGACCUGAAGGAGCUGAGAGUCUGUCUUCAGCUUAUUGUGGACAAUUUGCUGUCUGCUGUAAGAGAGGAGAACAGUUUAUCGUCCCUGGGGGCUGUCCGGAGACUGGUGGGCAUCUCCACCACGUUUUCAGACAUGUGAACUAAAAGCGGUGGGGACUUCACCUGCUCUGCGGACCGUUUGUCGUUUGUUUUGCUAGGACGCUUGGUUGGCAAACCCGGAGCUAGUUCAGGAUACCGGGGUUAGGCUAACUGUUUACUGACGAACUCGAGACUACCUCAAGUCUUUCAAGGCUCGUUUUUGGUGCUGAACUGUGGAGCUGGGCAAUAUGACGAAGUUAUCUAUCGUUGUUGUGAUAAAUUAUCUCACAGUAUGCUUUUCUGAGCAUAUCGUGGAUAUUGUCAGUACUUAAAACUACUUAACUACUUCAUGUUUGACUACAAAGUGAGCCAAUAGUCCUGUUUAAUUGGAUUUAGUGCAGCAUGUCAGCCUGUGUGAAAUGUCAAAAUAGCUUUUGAUAGUAUUUUAAAAUGUGAAUUUACUCCGACAUAUGCCAGACAAGACAUAUAUCGCACCUUAUUUUGUAUUGGGAAAACUUCUUGAAGUAUUGUGAGUAUUGUGAUACUACAUUAUUGCCAUAUCGCUCAGUUCUAUGCUGCAGCCACAAUUUUCCUAUAAGCUGUGAUUUAUAAUUGUAUUUAACUUUUUUCCUACAAUUCUCUGCCUGUUGUUGAAAGACUUUGAGGGAAUUGGCUUUUCACAUCUACUUGCUGUUCUCCUCCUCACAUUUAGCCCAAGCUGAAUUCUGUUUUGUCUGUUUUAACAGAAAGUUAUGUUACGAUCAUGUUCCUGCUUUCUGUCUAUAUCUGCAAAAUGUCAAACAUACUUGUAGUGCCUUUGUCCUCACCGGGCAGCUCUACAGGUGUAACAGGUUCAGUAGCUGACAGAGCAAAAUGAAUGUCUUUUAUCUGACUCAGUUCUUUUAAUGGGCAGCGCCUAAACAGAUGGUGAGACACCUCCCAGAGAAAGCUUGUGACUUCUUUUAUAAGACCCAUUAGACAAAUUGGGACUGGUUUUUCUACCAUGCCAACACACUCCUUGAUGGUUUGAGCCUGGUCCCAAACUAUCUGUAACGAUUUUCAAGGGCUUUUUUGGCCAAGACCAGACUUAGAUGGCAUUUGUUAUGAUGUAAACAAAGUCAUUCAGAAUGGUUUGAUGUGAAACUUACCAAGUCAGAAUUGUUUACAGUGGAUUUUAUAGGAACCAGCAUUUGAUGCCUCUAAAAGCUCACAGAAAGUUAUACUGAAUGGUUAUGAAUAUGUUGCCUUAAGUCAGAGACAUUGUUCAUGAUAGUUUUGAAAUCAUGAGAUCAGACUUUAAGCCCAUUCGCAGCAGAGUAUUUAAUGCAGCAUGUUGUUAGGCCGAAAUAAAAAUAGACUCCAGAGAAAACUUUUUUUCAGAUUUUCCACUAUUUUACCCAUACCGACCUUACAUAUAAAACUCAAGACAUGUGGAGCUUCAUUUUCUUUUGUAUAGUAAAUAAUGUGGCUAUAUUUAUACCGCACACAUCAGAGCCCCUGGUUCCUAUCAACAGCACUGUAAAGAAAUCUGACUGGCUAAGUCUCUCUAUGCUUAAUCUCACAUUUUGACAAAUCAGUGGGAUCCCCAUUUUAUGUGUUUAUAAAGCUAGCCUUAGAUUAAAUAUCAUGUGAUAGGGUUAUUUAAGUUACAUUAAGUGGGAUUACUUUGAUUCCGAUUGUGUUUAUUGAAGGUGUUUCAUAUUAGUGGUCAUGGAUUAGUUUUUACAGCCUGUAGAAAUUAUCUUAUUUGUUUAUUUAGGAAAUUAAUUUAUUACUGUUGAACUGAAAGAAGUGGAUCUGUUGCAGCUCAGUCUAUUUUUAUGAGAAACUUUAUGUGGAGGAGUAUUCCAAUGUGUGAAUUUACAACAUAUUACUGUCAAAAUAAUGUAAACAGUUGAAUAAAUGAAGGAUUCAAGCUAUGACAAAGCAGGUGCUUCAACACGUGAGGUUCCCGAGUUAACUGAGAAAUUAUUGGCAGUAGAAAACACUGUCAGCUUUGUAGACUCCAAUGAAUACCUCAUGCUGUAUUUGUUUGGUUUGUGUUUUGCUGUAUGAGAGGGCAAUAGUAAAUGGUUUGUAUUGUUUUCAUGUUUGUUCAGUGACCACUCGUGACUUGUGAACAGUGAGCAUUGCUGUGAUGCAAGAUCCCAUCAGGAUAGAAAUGCUUUCAUUUGAGUUUUUCAUAAAUUACUUUAAGCAGAAUGGUAGGCUUUGUUACAUGAAUUGGUUAGACCAUUUUUGAAAGUGAAAUAUGUGAAUGUGAAGAAGCUUUUAAAGUUUAAAGAACCUCCACGUAAAGUGUUUUACGACGAUUUAGAAUUGUGUUUCCAGACCAAGAACCAUUUAAAAACCUUUCAUUUCUAAGAAUAUACUAUCUCUAAAAACUCGGUAUUGCUUUUAUAUUAAUGAUUUUUAUUUUAUUCAGUAACAAAUUGUACAGUGUAGACUAGGAAAGUAUAAACUA